AUGCAGGUGGCUUACUCACAUUUUAUGUCUCUACCAACCUCACAAGGUGCACAACCACCCUACAAUCAACCCUUUGCCACUUGUUUUCCGGUGGCUUACAACAGCUACAACCCUAAUCUCCUAGCCAAGGCUGAUUGGUCCACGGGCCUCUUUGAGUGCUUCUCCAACUUCAAAAACUGUUGCAUAACGUGCUGGUGCCCAUGCGUCACGUUUGGUCAAAUUGCAGAGGUUGUUGACAAGGGAUCAACGUCAUGUGGUGCUAGUGGAGCACUGUAUACGAUGAUUUUUUGUUUAGUUGGUUGUGGUUGUAUAUACUCAUCCUUCUACCGCUUCAAGAUGAGACGACAAUACAUGCUGAAGGAGAGUCCAUGUCCGGAUUUCUUGGUUCAUUGCUGCUGUGAACCCUGUGCCUUGUGCCAAGAAUAUCGCGAACUUGAAAUCCGUGGAUUUGACAUGGUCAUUGGGUGGCAAGGAAAUGUUGAGGAAGGGAGCCAGGGUGUACCCAUGGUUGCAACUGCUCCAGCAGUUGAACCUAUGACUCGUUGA